AUGGGCUUCUAUUGGAGCCAGGCUUCUAUUAGAACAUUUACGUUAAUUUUUUACGUUUAUAUUUCCGUUUUUUUAUCUUACAUUAUUCGUGAUUUGAAAGAUCCACAAAAAUUUCAUUUAAUUUAUUCAAAUGGUGAUGAACGUUUAUAUUCUUCAAAUGAUCGCGAUUCUUUGUUAGCAGCAUUAAUAGAUGGAGCUAGAAGUUGUGGAAAUUAUCAAAUACAUGUAAUCUCCCCUCAAAAAUAUAAAACAAUGAGAUUAGUUCCUUUUGGAUUUUGUUUGGAUGAAGAGGCAGAACAACACUUGCUAAAACUUAUUUUACAGAUUCCUCCUGGACUUAAACGCAUCGAUAUGAUUCGUCGAUUUAAUGCAAAUGUCCCAUACAAUGGAUUGAGCUAUUCUGCCCCUUCAGAAGGUUUUUUCUCCGAUAGCAAGGGCAAAACUAUUAUUUCUUGUUUGGAAGCUGUUAUAUUAGAACAAUAUGAAGUUAGUAAAAUUGAUCAACACGAAAUUAGUAUACAAAUAGAAGCACAAUUAUCUUGUCUUCACAGACUUUUUGCAGCAAAAGCAGGAUUUCAGGCUUUUACAACUGUUGAAGGAAUACGUGAACGUCUUGGAACUCUUGUAGUUUCAGUUUUAAAACGAAAAGAAGAACAUGUAGAUUAUGCUUGUGUUGAAAUGCUUUGUACACUUUUACAACCUAGACAUGCAAAUUAUGAGCUUAGAAUUGAACAAUUAAAUAAGCAGGCACUUUUAUCCAAUAAAUUAUUUUUGGAACAUUUGCUUCAAUUGAUUGUCAAUAAUGUUACAAAAAAGACAGGCGCCCUUGUAAUUGCUUCAUUACUCGAUUUCCUUGCAUUCACAGUGUGUGCUCCUUAUAGCGAAACAACGCCUGGUGAUGUUUUUGAUACAAUUCUGGAAAUGGUUGCUCAACGUGGAAGAAUUUUCUAUGAACUUUUUCAUCACCCUUCUUUAACCAUUGUUAAAGGGGCUGGAAUGGUUAUGAGAGCUAUUAUUGAAGAAUCUUCAAGAGAGGUUUUUGUUUUUUUGCCAAUUUGUGGGUUUUAUAAGAGCGAGGGGUUUCCGUUGAGUUUAGGGUUUCCUUCCUUGUAAUUUCUGUAAGGAUGAUUCACCUAACAGCAUUUAAAACGCUUAUAAGAUCGCUCUGGCUAAAAAAGUCGGAAACCUCAAAAAAACGAAAACCUCAAGUAGACUCAAGUAACCGA